AUGGUCUCCCUCUCCGACGUGCACCUCAACAACAGCUCCCUCUCCAGCGCCGGCUCAGGCCCCAGUGUCGCCCUCCUCGGCGCGACAGCCGGCAUCGGCCUCGCCACCUUCCACGCCCUCCUCAAACACACUUCUACACCCACAAUCUACCUCGUCGGCCGGGACGCGUCGCGCCUGGACGCCCUCAUCGCGUCAGCCCAGAGACAGUACCCCACCGCUGGAGGCGCCACCGUCAUCCCCAUCGUCGCGGGCGAUCUCACGCUCGUGCGCAACGCCGACGCCGCGGCCCGCAGGAUCGCCAGCCUCACGUCGCGGCUCGACCUGCUCGUCAUGUCGCCCGGGUACCUGUCCUUCUCGUCCACGGCAGAUUGGUCCCCGGAGGGCCUCGACCGGAUCACGAGCAUUCGGUACCACGCGCGGAUGCGCUUCCUGGUCACCUUGCUGCCACUCCUGCGGCGGGCGCCGAACCCGCGCGUCAUCAGCGUGCUGGGCGCGGGGAAGGAGGGCGCCCUCAGUCUCGACGAUCUGGGCAUGACGCUUCCCCGAACGUAUGGACCCAUCUACGCGGCUGGGGCCGCGGCGUCGAUGACGACGCUGUUCUUUGAGGAGUUGGCCGCGCAGGGCCCAGGCAACGAUAACGACAGCGCCACCGACAAUCACAGGAUCGUCUUCAUCCAUUUGUUCCCCGGCCUCGUGGGGACGGGGCUGCAAGUCGUCAAUUCCGGGUGGGCGCUUUCCGCCCUGUGGGGGUGGAUUGUCAGACCCCUGUUCCGGGUGUUUGGCUCGACGGCUGAGAAUGCGGGGGAGAGAGUCCUCUUUGCGGCGACGAGUGGGCGGUUCAGACGCGUGAGGCCGGAGGAUGCGAAGGGCUUAGAAGGCACGCUGGUCCAGAGGGGGAGUACCGGUGUUUUGGGCAGUGGUGUGUAUCUGGUGGGAGAGGAUUCAGAGGUAGCGCCACCGCCGGGCGUGUUGGAGGAGCUGAGACGGCAGGACGCCGGGAAGAAGGUGUAUGAGUAUACGAUGAGGGAGUUUGAGAGGAUCGAGAACAUGGGGGAUUAA